CGGAGUACGGCUCCGGGCUCUAUAGACAGCGUGGGGGAAGGAGGAGGAGAGAGCCGGAGGCAGAGGAGGGGAAGGGCCGCGAGAGGAGGGAGCGGGGGCGGGAGGAGACACAUGCGCGCUGCCGCCGCCGCCUCCGCCGCAGUCCUUAGCUUCCCGGGGACAGGAAACCUUCAAGACCGAGCUGCCACGGCCGCCUCCCGGUCUGCCCCCCUCUUCCACGCGUCUGCUCGCGCCCUCUUCCCCUUCUUCCACGGCCUUUGAGUGGAUCACUGCGGGGAGUCAGCCUGAGCUGCAGUCUUCCCUACCCCGGGAAAGCUGUGACCCCCCCCGCAGGAGCGGCGGGGCGGGGUGGGGGACCCGGGAGAAGAUGGCGACGCCGGGAAGCGAACCCCAACCUUUCGUCCCUGCCCUCUCUGUAUCUACUCUGCACCCACACCAUCAUGUUCACCACCACCACCACCAUCACCAGCACCAUGGAGGACCCGGAGCCACCGGCGGGGCGGGAGGCGGUGGCGGCGGCGGCGGCAGCGGGGGCUUCAACCUGCCCUUGAACCGGGGUCUGGAGCGAGCGCUGGAGGAAGCGGCCAACUCCGGGGGGUUGAACCUUAGCGCCAGGAAAUUGAAGGAAUUUCCUCGGACCGCGGCCCCCGGGCACGAUCUCUCUGACACGGUGCAGGCAGAUUUAUCUAAAAACAGACUGGUUGAAGUUCCAAUGGAAUUGUGCCAUUUCGUAUCACUGGAAAUUCUUAAUCUGUACCACAACUGUAUCCGAGUCAUUCCUGAGGCCAUUGUCAAUCUGCAGAUGCUGACAUACCUGAACUUGAGUCGAAAUCAGCUGUCCGCCCUGCCCGCCUGCCUGUGUGGUCUGCCUCUCAAAGUCUUAAUCGCAAGUAACAACAAACUUGGAUCAUUACCAGAAGAGAUAGGUCAGCUCAAACAGUUAAUGGAGUUGGAUGUCAGCUGCAACGAGAUCACUGCACUGCCCCAGCAGAUUGGUCAGCUGAAAUCUCUACGAGAACUGAAUGUCCGAAGGAAUUACCUUAAAGUUUUACCACAAGAAUUGGUAGAUCUUCCCUUGGUAAAGUUUGACUUUUCCUGUAACAAAGUGCUGGUGAUUCCAAUUUGUUUUCGGGAGAUGAAGCAGCUGCAAGUGCUCCUGCUGGAGAACAACCCCCUGCAGUCUCCUCCGGCACAGAUUUGCACAAAGGGCAAAGUGCACAUAUUUAAGUAUCUGAGUAUACAAGCAUGCCAGAUUAAGACAGCUGACUCCCUUUAUCUCCACACCAUGGAGAGGCCACAUUUACAUCAGCAGGUGGAAGACAGCAAGAAGGAUUCUGAUUCGGGGGUUGGAAGUGAUAACGGAGAAAAAAGAUUAUCUGCCACUGAGCCCUCUGAUGAAGACACUGUUAGCCUCAACGUGCCAAUGUCCAACAUCGUGGAAGAACAGACCACCAAGGAGGACUCGAGCCAUCGCCUUAGCCCAGUUAAAGGGGAAUUUCAUCAGGAAUUUAAACUGAAGCCUUCCCUUUUGGGUGACAAUGGCAACUCAGGAGAAGAAAGACACCAGUUUAUCGAUGGAGCAGAUGGUCUUCAUUCAGAAUUUAUGAACUAUAAGGCAAGGACGGACAACUGUGAAGAACUGUUACGGAUAGAAGAGGACGCUCACUGGCCAGCUGAGGGCACAAUAAGUUCAUCCAUAGACCAGGACGUGGAUAUGGCUAUGAUGGAGCAGCUGAGAGCAGCGGAUCUGUUGCAGGAUCCCAAUGGAUUAAGCACAGAUAUUACAGAAAGAAGUGUUUUAAACCUGUAUCCUACAGGAUCAGUAGAAGCCUUAGAAUUACCAGAUUCUGCAUUGAACGGUCAAAUACAGCUGGAGACGUCUCCAGAGUAUGAGGUGCAAAAUGAUCCAAUGUUACAGAGUAAUGGGAGCCAGUAUUCUCCAAAUGAGAUCAGGGAGAACUCCCCUGCAGUCUCUCCUACCACAAACAGCACAGCUCCUUUUGGCCUGAAGCCUCGAUCAGACCCAGCCCUCAUUCUUCCUCCUGUCUCCUUCAACACACUUACACAGGCACAGACAUGGGACAGCUCUAGCUACAGUGUUCCAUCUGAAGGGGACAGUGACAAUGUGUUUCUAAGACCUCAGAGAAAUUUGGAAUCUAUAGACCCACAGUUUACAAUCCGGAGGAAAAUGGAGCAGAUGAGAGAAGAAAAAGAGCUGGUGGAACAACUCCGUGAGAGCAUUGAGAUGAGACUGAAGGUCCGUCUACACGAGGACCUGGGGGCAGCACUUAUGGAUGGCGUGGUCCUCUGCCAUCUGGUCAACCACAUCCGCCCACGGUCUGUUGCAAGCAUCCAUGUCCCCUCCCCGGCGGUUCCCAAACUUAGCAUGGCCAAAUGCAGAAGAAAUGUGGAAAACUUUUUGGAAGCAUGCCGAAAAUUAGGAGUCCCAGAGGAAAAACUGUGUCUACCCCACCACAUCCUUGAAGAGAAAGGCCUGGUCAAAGUGGGUGUUACUGUCCAAGCGUUACUUGAUGCCACUGUAACGAAGGCUCUGUUCACAUGAAACCACCCCCAGUCCUUUGGGUGGACUCAGACUUUCUUCCCACCAGAGAUCCUGAACUCUGCUCCCUGUUCAACUCUUUCCUAUCCACUGCCUGUGGGAUUCCUGACUCCACUUGCAUUUGAAAAGGUUUUCAGUCUAAGGGAGGAUUUUCUGCCUUUCGGAGCUGACCUCCAACCUUCAGACUUGACAGGUAUUUGUUUGGAACCCGUGAGGGAGCUGGAGAAUAAGAACUGAACAGCACAUGGAUGCCUUUUACACCUCCUUCAUCCCUUCCACUCUCACCGACUGCCAUUACCACAACACCAAGCACAACGUUUUGCAGCAAGAUGCAUUUGUUUUAUUAUACAAAACUCAUCAUGUAUUUACUGGGUGGGGGGGAUACAUAAUCAGGUUUUUCACCACCAAAUUUUUCAAGAAGUUUCUUGAGACCAUUGCCUUUUAAAAAAACUAUUUUCGACAUACAAAAUAUUUAUAUAAAUAUUAUUUAUUAGUGAGUUGUUAUUCAUCCUUUGGAUGCAAAUUGUAAAUUAGGAAACUAUUUUAUUACUGCUUUUUUGUGGUUAAACACUUUAUUUUAAUAUUAUACAUAUUCAGUUAUUUUCUACCCUCUUGUCUGCAGUACUAGUUCUAGGUCUCGGUAAUCAUAUUUUCUGGUGUAUAUGAUUCAAAAAAAAGCAGAAAUAGGUGCUUCUGUGACAAAACUGUUUUCUGGGGAGGCUUUAUUUAUGCUUUGGUUUGUGGAACAUUGGUCUUAUUUAUAUUUCUGCAUUCCAUCCAGUUUUCUACAUUCCAGCAGCCUUAAUGUCCCCCAAUACAAUGAACUGAAAUCAAGAGAGCACCCCAAAGUUAUUUAUAAAUAGCUGUGGUGGGGGAAAAAAAGACACAUUAAACUUGAAGAUAAAAUGUGAACAGUUAUUUUUUUGGAUUCAUACUUCUUUUGCUAUGCACAAAACAUUCUUAUUAGCAUCAUGUGUCUUGAAGUAUAAUUUUGCACUGUGACUUGGGUUAUAUUCAAGAGAACCCAGCACCAAAGGUAGACAAGGAGGAAAUGGUAGAGGGAAGUGGAGACAAUAGAAAGUUUAUUGUUUAACCAAAAAGUUUAUUAAGGGAAAUUUGUUUGACUGAGUGAUCAAAAGUUACUUAAGGCACAUAGGCCCUGAAUCAGGAAACAGCACUUCUUACAACUGCCAGUUUGAAAAGAGGAAAUGAUUCUGUCAUGUGCUCAUUUGAUCUUGAUGUUGUUGAUGGUUUUCAAAGUCGUCUGUAAAAUUCUGCGAGAUUCACGGUCUCUGGUGUAAAACCUCAGGGGUGGGCCCAUGGGGAGCUCCAUGCACCACCAAGGUGGGCUUAGGAGAAGGUGACGUAAGUGAAGUGUGUGAGGCUAAGUGGCCGAGGAAGGAGCAAGUACAAACUCAAUGGAACUAGAGAAGAGCUAGCAAAGGACAGGAACCCGUGUUGGUCUGAGAGAUUUGCAGCAGGCGUCACAGAACAUGACACCCUAUUUGGGGCAGUUUCGUGCCUCUCCAUUCACACUGCAUUUACAGAUAUACCAGUGCUUAAUCUUUCAAAGUCUUUUGAGUGCUGGCUGCACAUGUGAAACUUAGUAAAUGUAGAAUAUAAUUGUCUUAACACAAUAACCAAGAAAAUGCCAGGAAGUGUGAUGAAAAUGUGUCAAACUGUUUAUAAAACCAAUGUAUGGUGCCCCAUGAUCUCAUUAAUGUACACAGCUAUGAUUUAAUAUUAAUAAAAAAAAAAGAAAUGUUUAGAGAAGCAGCAGACCUAAUUUGUAAGACAAAUGUAGAGGUGAACACAAAAAAGACCCCGGGAAGAGGACAGUGUGCAUGCAACACAGACCAACAUGAACUAAUGCAAAGUCUGCCCUCUGUUCUAGGAAACAGGGAGAGGGAGGGCUUUCUGAAAAUGGAAAUUUGGAUUGGCAGCUAGUAAUUAUUUCCUAUCAAAUGUACUGUGCACUUUAACCUAACUUAAAAUAUAUUUUAAUAUUUUUCUGUACUGCACAAAUACCUGUUUUGUCAAAUAGCAUAAUGAUGUAAAGAGGAAAGACAUUUUGAACAAAGAGCGUAUACGACUUAUGCAACAUUCAAAAGUGAUUAUAUAAAUAGGAAUUUAGACUGCUGCACCUUCACGGGCAUUCAGAAUGCAGGGUCCUGAAAUAUUUUUUUACAUGUAUAUAUGUGGCAACAUGAAGCUCUGUAAUCAUUGUUUUGAGAGAUUUUUUUUUCAAAAUUAAAAUAUUUCUUUUCAGAUUAAUUUUUAUUAUUUUCUUGAAGUUGGCUGUAUAAUAUAAAUGGCUUUCAUUAUUUUGUAAAAUGGCUUCCCCCUCCCAUUUUAAAUGGAAUCAUUUUGUGGCUAAGAUGGCUAAGAUGUCUUCUAGAACCUUGUACACUGUUUAUAUGUGCAAUAAAGUGUGCAUGACAAGCUGAUGUAAGUGGACAGAAUGUAUAUAUGCAAAUAUCCUUCCUUUUAUUAUUUAACAGCUAUUAAAACUUUGGAUUUGUACAAA